CGCUCCCUCCCUCCGUACGGCGGCCGGCGGGGGCUCCAAGCCCCGCCCCUCGCGGCCCCGCGCAUGCGCGACGCGGGGGGGGAAGAUGGCGGCGUCCUCGCUGGAGCAGAAGCUGUCGCGGCUGGAGGCGAAGCUGAAGCAGGAGAACCGCGAGGCGCGGCGGAGAAUCGACCUCAACCUCGACAUCGGCCCCGCCCGCGCCCGCCCCACGGUACCAGGCGGAGAUCAACGACCUGGAGAACCUGGGCGAGAUCGGCAGCGGCACCUGCGGGCAGGUGUGGAAGAUGCGCUUCCGCAAGACCGGCCACGUCAUCGCCGUCAAGACCGACGUGUUCAUCGCCAUGGAGCUCAUGGGCACCUGCGCCGAGAAGCUCAAGAAGCGAAUCCAGGGCCCCAUCCCCGAGCGCAUCCUGGGCAAGAUGACGGUGGCAAUCGUGAAGGCGCUGCUGUACCUGAAGGAGAAGCACGGGGUGAUCCACAGGGACGUCAAACCCUCCAACAUCCUGCUGGACGAGCGGGGCCAGGUCAAGCUCUGCGACUUCGGCAUCAGCGGCCGCCUGGUGGACUCCAAGGCCAAGACCCGGAGCGCGGGGUGUGCGGCCUACAUGGCGGUGGAGCUGGCCACGGGGCAGUUCCCGUACCAGAACUGCAAGACGGAUUUCGAGGUGCUGACCAAGGUGCUGCAGGAGGACCCGCCCCUGCUGCCCCCGGCCAUGGGCUUCUCCGGGGACUUCCAGGCCUUCGUCCGAGACUGCCUCACCAAGGACCACAGGAAGAGACCAAAGUACAACAAGUUACUGGAGCACACCUUCAUCAAGCGCUACGAGACGCUCGAGGUGGAUGUGGCCACCUGGUUCAAGGACGUGAUGGCCCGGACAGAGUCCCCGCGCCCGGGGGGUGGCCUGGGCCACCACCUGCCCUUCUUCACCAGGUAGCGCCCGCCCGGCGCCGCCACGCCCGGCAGGGGACACCGGGGACAGCCCGGGGACAGCCGGGCCACCUCCGGGACAGGGACAGCGGGGACAGCCCUGGGACACUGCCCGGUGCCACCACGCCCGGCAGGGGACACCGGGGACAGCCGGGACAUCCCCUGUGACACCAGGGACACCUCGGGGACAACCAGGACAGCCCUGGGGCACCACCCGGCACAGGGACAGCUGGGCCACCCCCUGUGACGGGGACACCUGUGACACCCGCUGGGGGCGGUGACACCUCUGCCACCUGCUCACGACUCCUCCCUGUGCCACCACCCGGUGACACCCAGCGUGAUGGUGACACUGCCACGGCCACCACAGCCCCUGCCUGGCCUGGAGUGUCCCCAGCGUGUCCCACCUGUCCCUGCCAUCCCAGCUGUCCCCUCCCACUGUCCCCAUCUUGCCAAGGCCGGGGUGUCCCCAGCCUGUCCCCUCUGUGUCCCCCUGGCCAUGCCUCAGUUUCCCACCAGGUCCUGUGUGGGGACAGGGCUGGGGACAGGACGGGGAGGUGGCACUGAGGGUGUGGCACUCUGGAUGUCACACGCGGAGGUGACACUGGGAGGUGGCGCAGAGACACGGGCAUGGCUGGGGGAUGUGACACAGGGGUGACACCGGGGCCUGGGGAUGUGACACUCGGCCCCGAGGGGACAUUGAGGGGACACGGAGGUGGCACCAGGACGUGGGGACGUACACAGAGAUGGCACUCGGGGACACGGAGAUGGCACUCGGGGACACGGAGAUGGCGCAGGAACGUGGCACAGGGGACAGUGUGGAGAGCCAGCACGGGCAUGUGACAGCGAGGGGACACGGAAGGAUGGCACAGAAAUGGCACCGGGAUGUGGCAUGGGGAUGGCACCGGAACGUGACACGGGGAUGGCACCGGAGCGUGACACGGGGAUGGCACCGGAACGUGACACAGGGAUGGCACCAGGACAUGACACAGGGAUGGCACCAGGACGUGACACGGGGAUGGCAUCGGGACGUGACACGGGGAUGGCACCAGGACGUGACACGGGGAUGGCACUGGAACGUGGCAUGGGGAUGGCACCAGGACGUGACACGGGGACACAGGAUGGAGAUGACACCGGGAAGUGACACAGGACACAGAACAGAGAUGGCACCAGGAUGGCACAGGAUGGAGGUGGCACCAGGAAGUGACACGGGGACACUGGGAUGUGACACAGGAUGGAGAUGGCACCAGAAUGUGGCAAAGGGAUGGCACCGGGAAGUGACACAGGACAGAGAUGUCCCCAGGCUGUGACAAUGGAGACAUGGCGCUGAAGGACACAGAGUGGUGGCCCGGGGACACGGACACGUCAUGGGUGUGACAUCGCAGGGCCCAAUCCCAGGGAUGUGACACUGGAAUGUGGCACCAAGGAUGUGGCACCAAGGAUGUGGCACCAGGGAAGUGACACCGAGGAUGUGACACUGGGGACACGGCCCAGGGAUGUGACACCAAGGAUGUGACACUGGGGACACGGCCCGGGGAUGUGACACCACGAUGUGACACCACGAUGUGACACUGGGCUGUGACACCGGGAUGUGACACUGGGGACACGGCCCGGGGUGGCCCCGGCUGCCGGGGCCGUGGUGGCACGGUGACAAUCAGGGCCGGGCCGUGUCCCCGCCGUGUCCCCGCUGUCCCCCAGGCCAGCAGGUGCAGUUUUAGUGCAUUGGGGGCGCGGGCGGCGCCGCCUCCCGUCACCCUCAUUAAUUAUUAUUAUUAAUUAUUA